UGAACCCGUUCGGAAUCAUCCUCCGAGAGUGGCCCAGCUGGCGAAGAAACAGACUCUUGAAGAAGAGGUUAGCCUUUAAUUCCUGUUUUUCUUUCUUUUUUGUGUGAAACAUAGUGAGAUACUGUUAGUUGACUGCCUCCAGAAAAAAAAUUCAAUACAUACUGGAUCGCUGUCGUGUGGAAUUGGUACCAGGGAAAAUUCACCUGUUAUCCAUCAAAGUGACAUACUGUGUGUGUUGGUGUUACUGGCUAUCUGCCUUUCAGGGAAUUAUUUGCGGAAUUCAUUGAGGUAUGUUUGACAAAAGUUUGCAUGAAUAGUAAAAGUUCAACAGUGGCAGUGAAUAGAUGAUGAAACUUUGUUUCCGGAGUUUUGUCAGCGUGUUUCGUGAACAAUCGACACAAGCUGGAAGCUAAAUAGCUCUGUUUAGUGGUUCGUGUAUUGGUCGUUGAAAGCAACUUCCUUCCUGUUGGUUGAUAUGGCGACUGAGAGACGUCCGAGAUAAAACCAUCACCAUCAGUCGUCAGUCAGUGUGUGGGCGCCGAUGCGAAAAAGACACUGGAAUGAUUUCCUCAACCAGCAAAAAUAAGAAGAUUACAAAGUUUUGCGUUCCAGUACUAGUGCAUGAUUUACUAUCCAUGUAGCAGUACUAGACACUCGUAAGCGUAAGAUAACAGCGAAAAGGCAGCAACAUCUCAACGGUAACGGUUGCACGGGUCAUGUCAGCCGCACUGUAGAGCUGGGCAUUUUAGCCAUCUGUCAGGAUUUUUCGCCACAUCGCUGGACUCACUAAGCCAGGCCAAUGUGGAAAAUUAUACCAACUCUUGAUUUAGGCUGUUCGCGAUUGAAGGGCUGAUUAAAUCGUGCAUAAAUCACCCAAUUGGAUUCCGUCGAUGUGUCGGAAGUGGAUGGGAAAAUAUGGAAAUUCAUGCGAACCAUUCAAGAUAAGGUCUUGUGUUCGGUUAACUGUUUUGGGUCGAGAAAAUACAUUAGAAAUUAUAUUUUCCUCGUAACAGCAGCAGUGUGAUUUGAGACAGGCAGCAAACAGAAAAAUAUCUGAGCAUGUAUAUUAGCAAUUGAAAACGAACACCCGGCGAAGGAUAAAAGAGCAAAAUAGAAGAAAAUAUGUUCUUAUACAUUUGAAUUAGUAGUGACUUUGUGAAACGAAGAGAACGUCCGAACGGAGCGACAAAAAAUUAAUACGGCAAGGCAAGGCAAAUUUAUGUUCAAGGGAAACGAAGAAAUAGUGGUGAAUAAUAUAGUGAAAGAAAGUGGGGAAACAUUGUAAUUGCUAUUGAUCGUCGGGGGGUGAAGCAAAAAGAAAAUAAAUUAUAUUAAACCCCGACAGGCUGUCUGUCAGUGGAAAAUGAACGUUGAAAGAAGGUAAAAAUUGUGAGCAGAUCUGGAAGUGCUUUCCCUUUCCGUAGCCCUUUGCGGUCGUGCCAACUGUACAUUUGCGGCAAUGUCGAACCUGUAAUUCCCAAUAAUUGCUUGAGAAAGUGAACUCCCAAACGUGGCAGAAAAAAACCGUCACCGACGGCAGCUGAAGUGACAAAAAUUGCAUAUUGGUAUAUUUACACUGUGGCAUUGAAGGUUAAAGCUCAGUAAGAGAUAGUGAAUUCGCCAAAAAACGUCAUCAUUGUGGGGGAAUCCCGAAGAAUUUCUUGAAAAACAAAAGGCCAGUUGGUGUUUGCGUCAGUCAAUUUCCUCCGUGCAGAGCAAGGCAGUAAAAAGUUGUAUUUUCAGCAGAAAGAAAAAAAAGUGAAAAAGCAAGAUUUUUUUCUCAUCUCAAGCGCCAGUCCGCCGUCAUAGUGUAUCUGUGUGCAAAGCACUAAAAAAGUGGCUGGUGGUGUUUGUAGCUCCCUAGGAAGUUGAUUUUCCGAGAGCAUACAGGUUUUCAUCACCAAGCAGAAGCAGCAGCCAGUCGACCGGUAGUCAGUGUGUGUAUCGAAGAGAUAUUCAGAAGUCCAGUGAGCCAUCUCCGGAUGUCACCACAUGUUACAUCAGACAAUACAUCUGCUGUCGGAAAUUCGUGAUUGAUGGACUAAUGCUCGACCGAUCCCUAUGUUACUGCUGUGCACAAGGAAACAUUUAUUUACUGCUGUUGAUUGCUGAACGGUGAAGGUGGAAGCGUUUGUCUGACAUCUAGGAUGAGGUGGAAGCCGCUGGCAGUGGACUUGUAAUCACCAUCAUCAUCGUCAUCUCCGUUGUGGUGCGCCCUCGAGAGCUUUACAUUUCCCGGGUUUUAGCGUUUUUUUGUCUCCUGGUGGUUCCAUUAUACGUGUGUGCUUGGUGCAAUGGUAUAUGGCGGCAGGGUCCGAAAGCGGUGCUCGUCCGGAUUUGAUACUUAGCGCCGUUUCGAGUUUUUAUUUGUGAAGAAUUAUUGCUGCUUGUUAGAGUGUAGCUGGCAGAGAGCAGUGGCAAAAAGUUUAACAUGCAGGCCAGCCAGAGAGAAGCCUCCCGGUAACUGAGCUGCCGUGGGGAACAGCUUCGCGAGGGCAACUACUGGAGAAUUUUCAGGAUCAAGUGAUUGUGCGCGUGAGAGCAAACUGGAAUCGUGUCCCUGACGUGCGGAAUAGUGAUCUUUGUGAAAUGUUAGUAACAUGAAUGUGAUUAAACAUCUCAGCUGUGCCGCUUAGUUUGGGACGACGAACGCGAUCAGUGACACCAGGCAGGAUAGAGCUAAAGGUGCGAGAAUUUUAUGCUUCAUUACCAGGAAAAGCUAGCUGACUGUUAGUGUAACGUUAAUCAGGAUCUGAAACAUAUUGUUGUGUGAUAAGUGUGCAACAAACAGGUUCAACGAAGGUUUGUGAAAUCUAAGACCAGAGAAACUUUGUAUAGUUAAGACUUCCGCAUUGGAAAAGAGGAAGCAGAUUUACAUAGGCUGAGAAAUAAUGAAAUGAAAUCUUCGCUGACAUCUAACGAUUUUGCUGUUCUCAUUAUUUUUCAUCUACCUAGGCCGGAAUCAGUAUGAUUAUAACGGACAAGAAGGGAAAACAAAAAGGCGCUUAAGUGAACUCAAUGCAGAGAUUUGAUCCACAGAAUCCGUUGGGUUCUUCUUAAAUCAACUCACGCUUCCCGGAAUUUGAUGGCACAAAUCCUCUAGGAGCGUUCAGGAAAAAUAAAAUGAGUCAUCUUCACUUAGCGACCAACGGAACAGACUGAACUGUGGAGUUUUUCGUCAUUUCAUAUUCUCACAACGUGCGAGACAGUUAGAUUAAUACUUCAAGAAACUGUGAAAGGACCAGCAAAGAAGGUAACAAACCCCCCCGGAGGUAGAGUUGCCGUAUAUAUAGAACAUAACGGAGACGUCCAAUUUUUGUGAUUUGGGCCUUGUUCUAGGAGCGCGGCCACAAUUACCGUGACGUUUCUAGAACUUUUCUCUGGGACCAUUGAAAAAUUCCACCGAAUAGUAUGGCUUCGGUCGCCGCUUGGUUGCCAUUUGCACGGGCGGCGGCCAUCGGGUGGGUCCCAAUAGCAUCCCAUCCCCUACCAGCACCACCGGUUUUCAAGGAUCGCCUUCGUUCGGAAGAUGAGAAGCUUAUCAUCAACGUGUCCGGGCGACGGUUCGAGACCUGGCGAACGACAGUCGAAAAAUACCCCGACACCCUGCUAGGUUCCAACGAACGGGACUUUUUCUACGAUGAAGACAGCAAAGAGUAUUUUUUCGAUCGCGAUCCGGAUAUCUUUAGGCACAUAUUAAAUUACUAUCGCACCGGAAAACUGCACUACCCUCGGCAUGAGUGUUUGCUCAGCUACGACGAGGAAUUAGCAUUCUUCGGUAUCAUGCCAGACGUGAUCGGAGACUGCUGCUAUGAAGACUAUCGAGAUCGGAAACGCGAAAAUGCCGAACGACUGAUGGACGACAAACUGUCGGAGAAUAGUGAUAAUAAUUUGAUACAGCUAACCAACAUCAGACAACGGAUGUGGCGAGCAUUCGAGAAUCCACAUACUUCCACUGCCGCCCUCGUGUUCUACUAUGUAACGGGCUUUUUCAUUGCUGUAUCUGUGAUGGCCAACGUCGUCGAAACAGUGCCCUGUGGGCUACGGCCUGGUCGUGCCGGAACGCUGUCCUGUGGCGAACGGUACAAGAUCGUAUUUUUCUGUUUAGACACAGCUUGUGUAAUGAUAUUCACCGCUGAAUAUCUGCUUCGGUUAUUUGCUGCCCCGAAUCGGUGCAAAUUUAUGCGGAGUGUUAUGAGUAUCAUCGAUGUGGUAGCCAUCCUGCCGUACUACAUCGGCCUUGGAAUCACCGACAACGACGACGUGUCCGGCGCGUUCGUGACGCUGCGAGUGUUCCGUGUGUUCCGAAUCUUCAAAUUCUCCCGUCACUCCCAGGGUUUGCGAAUUCUCGGCUACACGCUUAAAUCCUGUGCCUCCGAACUGGGCUUCCUAGUGUUCUCACUCGCGAUGGCCAUCAUAAUCUUUGCAACGGUCAUGUUCUAUGCCGAAAAGAACGUGGACGGAACGAACUUCACCUCUAUUCCAGCGGCUUUUUGGUAUACAAUUGUCACGAUGACAACGUUAGGUUACGGUGAUAUGGUGCCAGAGACAAUAGCCGGUAAAAUCGUAGGAGGCGUUUGUUCGCUGAGCGGUGUGCUGGUCAUCGCGCUACCCGUACCUGUGAUUGUGUCGAACUUCAGUCGCAUCUACCACCAGAACCAGCGGGCGGACAAGCGGAAAGCACAGCGGAAAGCACGGCUCGCACGAAUACGAAUAGCGAAAGCGGGCGCCAGUGCGGCGUUCGCGAGUAAGAAGAAGGCUGCAGAAUCGCGGCUAGCGGCGCAGGAGUCUGGCAUCGAACUGGACGACAACUACAACGACGAAGACAUCUUCGAGCUACAGCAUCAUCAUCUGUUAAGAUGUUUAGAGAAGACUACGGCACAUUUCAGACACGACAAUAACUGCCAGACGGCACCAUUACUUUCCAACACCGACAUCAUUGGAUACAAAAUCACAAUCGAGCACGACGCUGCGGUUUUCGGUGACGAGAUUGUCCACCUGCGGUACGCACGUGCGAAAGUCGGUGAUUUCGCCGGAUCCACAUCACAAAAUCUUCCCGAUAACCACCAUGAUGAUGACGAUCGGUUUCGGCGGAGGUUAACCAACCUGUAGGGCCAACAACUUAACGAUCGUCGUAUUCAGCGGGCGGUGAAUGAUCUUCGCCUCGAUGCUUUUCGCUGUCAGUGAAACCGUCUUGUUAUCUCGGCUGCUGUCCCACUAGUUGACGGUGGGUAUACGCACGUGACUCGUAUACAGGACGCGCGCUACUUGACACACACAGCACCGUACGUGACCGUACACGAAAAUUGUUGCUCUUCGGUAAAGGAAUUUGUUGAGGAAGUUCUACAUCCAGAUGUUGUUGAUUGACAUCGACCGCCCAGGAAUGCGUCUAAAUGGACCGAGAGUUCGUGGAGCUAGAGACUCAGUACAACGGUCAAACCAAGCGGCCAGGAUCGCCGUCGCCGAUGGCCAGUCCUUCCCACUCAGCCAACACUGCGACCGGUGGAGGAAAUGGACUGCUUCAAUCCUGCUGCGGCCGAUGCUGUUCCCAGCGGUAUCAGAGCUACACCUCAGCGAACCAAUGAUGUCGGGAGGACGAUAUUCCCCUGCGGGAAAGGAAAAAGUCGUAAUAGAUUCCGGAAGCCACCACCGAUGACAGAGGGAGCCGCAACUAGUACGAGUGAGCUCAUCAACUGAUUAGUCCUUAAUCCCGAAUUAGCAGCCAGAAGCCCACAGGAGCCAUUGUCAGUGGCCCCGCCGUUCUGUUGUCGUGUCGUGUCGCAAGCAAGCCCGUUCGGUGUCCACAAGGGAUUCCUCUCCAGCAGCAGCAAUAUCAGUUCGUAGCAGGCCGUGGUUCAGCUGGCAGGUAGUGAUGACGGCUGCUGCAACCUGCAAAUUGUGUGUACAUAUAGAAGAAAGAUAAAUGUCGGAGGAGUCGGUGGUUCGUUUAUCGGUUGCAGCAGCCCGCCAGAUCGGAUCCAGGCCAUUUAGUUUAGCAAUUUCGCGGAAGAACUACGGCAUAUCAUCACUGCUAUGUGAAUUUUAGCACCGGUCACCGGGACACAGCCAUUUGGGACAAUGCAUCUUCGCUCAGCAAUCGUCGCCAUCGUUACCAAGCCGACACUAAUUUAGAACAAAUAAUAAAUUAUAGAUGUACAGUGUUAUUCUUUAAAACUUGGAGUGAAAAUUGGAAGAUGAAUCCACAAAGGUAUAUAAGAAGCAGAAAACCAAUUUAUUGUAAGCCAACCAGAACGCGUAAGAGAACACAAUUUUAGGGUAGUCAUUAAAUUUAUCAAUUUGAAAUCUAGUCGGAGAACCUUAACUGGGAAAUCCAGUAAACAAGUCUGUUCAUAUAUGGUGGAGUGAAAUGGGAGAGGGAAGUGGGAAACAGCUUUAACAAACUCGACUAUUAUUAUAACUGUUACGAUUAUUAGUUUUCAGAAGAAACCCGAUAUAUCAGUACUUAAAUGUUCUUUCUGAUGAAGGUAUGGCAUCUUUUUCAAAGUGUAGAUAAUGUAAAGAUCGUGAGAAAAAUUUAAAAAAAUAUGAAAAAUCACAUAUCAAGUGUGAGGUAAAAAAAUGUUACUGCGAAUCAGUACCGAUAGAAACCAAAUAUGGUGAAAAAUUAGGGGUUCCAUUGAGUUUGAUUUAAACAACUUUUUGUUACAAUUUCAUUUGUAAUUUCCCUUCAUAGCAGGUUCGAACAACUAAUUUUGUAAUAUAUGUACAUGUACCUUUCGAAUAUUUUUUUUAGUUAAUCUAGAUCGAUUCAAUCACUGAAAUGGUUCGUUUCUAGUGCCGAAAACCCCAAACAUGGAUAUCAGAAAAAGCGUCCUUAAAUAAUUAGGAAAGUUGAUUAUUUUCCAUGAAAUGCAAUAAUUUUAGUAGUGAAAAGAAGAAUAGGUGAUAAAUCAAGCAAUUAUUGGGAAUACUGUUGUAGACCUAGAAAAACUUCAAAUUAUUUGUGUGCUUGUAUUUGCUAGGUUUUCGACAUACAAAUUUCAACUCACUACGGGAACAAGCACCCUAUCCAAAGACACCCUGUGUCAAUAGAAUCCGACACCUCAAGACACUAGUUGCUAUUGAAUUCAAUUCGACGCUACAAGAUAGCGGCCGUUUUGGGAUGAUCUUGUGUCGAAAACGAAAAUUGUUGCCAGCAAUUUACCGGCGAUAGAAUAUUUGCCUGCUUAUGAACAGAUUGCUCGAGGCACAUGUCCACUUUUUCACUUCGUCUGGCGUAAGAGGCUUGUUCAACAUUCUCCUUCCAGCUAUAUAUUCAGUUUGAGCCCAGUUAAUUAUAUCUCAAAGUAUUCCUUCUUCCUUCUGGAAACCACUCCAGUCCGAUUGAUUAACAGCUUUCUGUUUCUUUCGGCUGUUACAAGUAGUACUCCAGGACGCCCAUUCCUUUCAUCUACAUCGUGUCGAUAUAUUUGUCUCUAGCAGAGCUGCAACUUUUCGACAGGUUUGUUUGAGCUUGAAGGAGGAACAAAUCUCCAAUCAUGCCCCUACUAUAUUCAAACUGCAGUUGUUAGUUGCAUCAUUCAUUCAAACAGUCGCACCGCUCAAACAUUUUCCAUUCAUUUUCAAUGUCAUUUGCUCUGAGAAUAUUUCUCUACUGGGUUACUGACAAGAUUUGUCAUGGAAAACUAUACUGAACUUUUUUUUUUGUUAGGGGAAACUUUUCCACUGCGACCACUAUUCAGGUUAACUUUUGUGGCUGCCCCUGUGUCGUCCCAACCGGGUAGUACAUUAUUAAAGUAGCUGAGGAUCCGUUUGGGACAGGUAUGCCAUAUCUCGUGAGGCGUCAUAAGAUGCCUUCCGAAGUAUCGCUGCCUUCGAAGAAAUAGUACUGCACAAUGGCAGAGAAUAUGUUCCGAGCUCUCGGGGUCGUAGUUACAAAACCGACAAAAGUCAUCUUAACUUUUGCCAAUUUUUUUCAGAUGAUACUUAGCUGGACAAUGUCCCGUAAAUAAACCUGUGAUUAUACGUAAGUCUUUACGUUUUAGAUCCAUUAGUUUUCUGGCUCUCGUUGUAUCUGGAUGUAUGAAUUCCUUAGUUUGUCGAGCGCCUUCUACGUUACGCCAGUCGUUUAGUAGUUGGUCUCUUGCCCAAGCCUAAAGUUCUAGUUUAAUGGCACAGGUAGAUAUACCUAGAAAUGGUUCUGGUCCAACAAACAUGUCUGAUGAACCACGCCUGGCUAAUUCGUCGGCCACUUCGUUACCAUCGAUUCCUUGGUGGCCAGGUACCCAGAAUAUCAUUACUUUAUUCCGAGUUGCCAGUUGUUGUAAAGAUGUGAUGCACUCCCAAACUAGUUUGGACUCACAUUUCGACGACCUUAAUGCCAACAGUGCUCCUUGGCUGUCAGAGAAGAUUGCGAUUUUUGCAUGUCUGUAGUUUUGUUCCCUACAGACCUCCGAGCAGGUGUAUAUUUCAUAUACCUCUGCCUGGAAAACUGUAGGCCACUUUCCCAUUGAUAUCGCUUCUUUAAUUCUUGGUCCGUAGGCUCCCGAGCCAGUCAGCUCACCCAUUUUAGAACCAUCCGUAUAGAAUGAUAUUGUACCUUGAGGUAGUAUAGGACCCCCUAUAUCCCACAUCUGACACUAUGUGGACCUCAUAUGUGAUAUCGAAGUUUGGUUUAGCCUCCAUUUUAUUUUGAACUGUAGUCAAGACAGGGUUUAGCUCGAGUUUCUUUAUUAUACUCAGGUGUCCAUUUAAAUCCCCAUCAAAUAGUGGUUUACCCAUAACGUGUUUGUGUAAUGAAAGUAGAUGAAGCAUGGCUUCCAUAGCUGUGGUGGGUGUUGAUUUCAUAGCGCCUGUGAUAGAGAGGUAGGCUAGCCUCUGAACUUUAAUUAGUUGAGCUUGGGCGGUCUUUUGCUUAACUUUGGGCCACCACACAAUGGACGAAUAAGUUAAUCGUGGUCUGGCGAUGGUCGUGUAGGACCAGUAAGCCAACCUCGAUUUGAGACCCCAAGUAUUUCCGAAGAGUUUACUGCACGCCCACAGUUCUGUUAUUGCUUUAUUAACGGCGUAUGUCAGGUGCGAGUUCCAAUUCAGUUUUUUUGUCUAGGAUAACAUCUAGGUGUUUCGCUUAUUUUGCGUAGUUGAUUGUAGUUCCACUGAGAGUUGGGGGAAUCAACCUCAGUUUUUUCCUAUUGGUAAAUGGUACAAUUACCGUUUUUGUAGGGUUCACGUUAAGUCCCUCUUUGAAACACCAUGUCAUGAUGAAGUUCAGGGCUAGUUGAAUCCGAUCGCUUAGUACAGAUUCAUGUUUUCCUCUCACAAUUAGGACAAUGUCAUCUGCAUAUCCAACAAUCUCGAAACCCAUUUCAGUCAGAUCAUUGAGAAGAUCGUCCACCACUAGUAACCAGAGCAGGGGUGAUAGCACACCUCCCUGGGGACAACCUUUAUAGUUGCUUUCGUGUCUCCCAACGUUGCUGUGAUCUCUCGACUCUUGAGCAUUGCAAGAAUCUGGUCCCCUAUCGUGUUUUCCACUCCUCUUUUUGCCUAAACAUACUUCACACUGUUCAAGUAUGCUUGAAAAAGCUACACAUGUCAACAAUACACAAAAACUGUGGCCACUGCUGAAUGCAGUGCAUUUGGUUUUAUCAUGAAAAUCCCGCCAACUUAAAAGUGAAGGGUUUUGGGAGGCAUUGAAUUUGAAUCUUGGUUGCGAUAGAGUCAACUGAAUGUUGGCAUUUGAAAUUAUCAUUGGUCACUAGAGAAAUUAUUUCAGACCGAUCUGCAACUUUUUUAAAUAAGCCAGUCAAGGUACCAAAAUAUUGAGUGUAAACUAAAUCCGAAGCGUUACUGGAAAUAUGUCAAUGAACAGUACAAGAAAUUUGGUCUACUGUCACUUACGAUAUACAAUGGCAAGUAUUCGCGCAUUCCACAUUUGAUUAUAUCAGCAUAUUUUUGGCUUGAGUCGUCUUUCAAUCCUAGACUCAACGGAUUUCUUAAAAUUCUUCGGAAAAGGCACUUCGUCGCCUUAGUAACUCUUUCUAUUAUAUAUUAUCUUCUUCAAAUAUUUCUAUUAUCUAUUACUAGCGACGAAUUUCAAUAUCGGAAAUCUGCAAAUACGUUUCAUAUUCAUAAAAAUGGAAAAAAGAAACGUCAAUAACUAUUACGUAAUUACAUCUUUCCAUAUACAAAUUGUUCGGUCGGAGUAAGAGUAUUUAGGCAACAUGAAUUCACGUCUCUGUUUCAUUUACAUCGACUUGUCUACCGCUUUCGAUAAAGCAAAAUGGGUAAAUUUGGAUUCAAGUAAUUCUGCAACGGUUUCGAUCCUAUCUCAAAAACCAAGAUACAGUGUGUAUUUUUUCCUAUUUGUAUUUCGACUAAUACGUAAACACAUUUUCUUUUUUACAUUUUAACGACAUUCAAUUAGCUAGAGAUUACUGGGUAGGGAAAGUUUUUAGAACCACAGUAAUCAAAUGAGGGCAAGGAUGUGAAAUAUACAGAUCGGAAAAUUAGAAGUGGCAGAGUCUUUAGAAAUAGGUUUCAAGUCUUACGGGCUAAUCUUUUGUCUUCUGUUGGCAGGAGUCAAGCUUUGGCAGCAUAACUACGAAUCACUCAGGUCUACUAACAUGUCUACUGUUAAAGACAGACUUAUUCUCUUUACCGACAAUAGAGAAGACACGUAGGAUCACCACCUGUCGAUGAUUAGCAUCAAUGAAAAUGCUGCUAUUCAUUUCUGUUUGCCUUUCAAAUGCCGGGAUAUAUUUUUAUUAGACUAUUGCCAUUGCGCUUGCAGUGAUAGCGGGUUUGUAACAGUGUGUAAGGUAGUCUGUGUCUACAGCGACUAUCCACCGCUGCCGUUGGAUUCCCAUCAGUUCCUUUUUCUUUUUUAUUUCGUCUAAUGUACAGUGCAAUGGCAAUAGUCUAAUAAAAAUCUAUCCCGGUAUUCGAAAGGCAAACAGAGAUGAAUAGAAGCAUUUUAAUUGAUGCUGCUCGACUCCUACCAACAGAAGACAAAAGAUUAACCUAUAAGAUUUUAAGCCUGUUUCUAAUGAUCCUGCCACUGCUAGUUUUCCAAUCUGUAUAUUUCACAUCCUUGCUCUCAUUGGAGUAGUAAGGCUCUAAAAUUUUCAAAACUUUCCCUACCCAGAAAUCUCUAUCAUUAAAAAUUAAAAAUUGCCAGGCGCUCACAUCUGCUUCUAAUAGGCACUAAUACCUCAAUGUGCUAAUUAGAGUCCGUUGAUGUUUCAGCUGAACUUCAAUACUGCGCAUCUUAAGUUGAAGCUGAAUGCUGAACUACACGACGAUCGUUUCAGACGAUCUCAAAAUAUUAUAGUAUGCAUCGUGCUAUCAGUGGUCUACAAGCUAUUUUCAUUCAGCUAUCAAUUUUAACGUGUGUCACCAAACUCAUCAUGCGGUGUUACGGUCUUUACAAAACUGACCUAGGCAUCGCUUUGUUAACGCUUUGUUAAAUAUUUUAUAACUUCUCCUAUAAAAGCUGCAUUGACUUCUGUUUUAUUUUCACUUGCAAUAAUGACCCGACUGUAUCGAUUUUGUAUGCUAUUUUCGGCAAAUCUAACACCGAGAGAAACGAGAGCAAUGAAAUUGAAAGACGAAUAGGUAUUCUUGAGUGAAACAGUUGUAAACUUAGAAUAGAAAGCUAGGAAUAUGCAGGCUCAUAUGGGCAUGAUCAAAAAGAAAUGUGCAGAAUUCUGUGCCUCCUGCUAGUAGAAUUUGGGCGUUCCACCCAAGUCUACCGCGUGGUCGCGCUACUAGCCCCGGUGUACACUGAUGUUGCCUCAUAGAGAAUUUAUUAGAACCAACUCGAGUUCCAACCAGAAUGAGUUUUGAAUGUCAAUAGGAUGUCGGUGGUAGGAUAGAGGUACUAAUCCUGUAAUUGUCAUGUACUAAUCCUUUAAUUGUUUUGUCAUAUACUAAUCCUGCAAUGGUCGCUUAGCAUCGUUUAAGAAGCCUGCUGAAGCAGAAAGCGUGUGUUCCGUAAAAGGAUUAUAGCAGGAAGGUUUUUUCAAGGUUUCUAUUCUCGACAUUGCACUUGUUCAUUUUUCGCUGCCUUUCUCUAUUUUUCGAACACGUAUGCCACAAAAGCACCAUAUUCCGCGUACCAAAGAAAUGGUACUGAUAUCUCUACGCAUCGCAUUUUCUGUUCAAUUUCUCGUUAGAACGUGAAAUAUGCGGCGUAAACUAGAAUUGCACUGACUCUAAAAUUAUCCCAAAAAGAAUAUUAAUGAAAACACUGUGGUGAUAUAGACUUUAUAGUUGGCUUUCUUAGCCUUGUAUAUAUAAAUCAAACGACUUAGUUUUGAAUUAACCGACAGACAAAAGAAGACCACCAAAUCCGCCGAAACGUCAGACAAUUCAAAACUAAGUAGUUUUAUUUAUAUAUACUAGACUUAGAAGGCCAACUAUAAAGCACGAAUGAAAACAGAUUCACACAGAUCACGCUGAAUAAUUGCCAUGUGAUAAUUGAGUUUGCAAUGUGCAGUCAGUGUUUCGGAGGCAUUUCUUGCAGAUAAACAUAAAUAUAAUGUUUGCGUUUUAAUUGCUGGAGUUUUCCAAAACUUUCUACGUAUAGUUUUUAGUAUUUUUGCUGCGGUUUCUGAUUGGGAGCCUGAUUUGAUGAAAAACCGGUAAUGUUCCGGAUCUUCAAAGCCCCAUAUCUCCGGCCACAGUUGCGUGCGGUGAACAAAUUUGAUUGCAUUUUAUUUCCUAAAAAAUACGGCGGCUUGUGGUGUAUAUAUUGUCAUACUUUUCUAGCGGCUUCCAAUUAAUUUCCUUUUUGGUCGGAUUUCUUCCACUGUGCAGUGCUUUGACUAGAAUACUGUAAUUUUGCUUGGAAAGCUGCAAUCAUUUCUUUGUCAUUUGUGAACUCACAUCCGGCAGAAAAGUAAUUGUCUUAAUGCAAGUUUGCAAACUACGCCCAUGGUUGGCAUGUUCAGAUGCAGCCUAACAGUGAUUCUUGUGCUUUAUUCAACUUAUCGACAAUGAUAGAAAUGGUUGUGGACCAAUGAAGUCAGUCGCCGCGCAUGCUCUAGCCAAUUCGUCCGCCCAUUCGUUUCCAGUAAUACCGAAAUAACCAAGUACCCAUAUAUGGUUUUCAAAUGAUACUGCUCGUGGCACUGAAAACUUCUAAAUUCUUCUCAUAGACCGGUUAGUUCGACUGGCUUAUCUAUGAUAAUACCGUUGGAAUCUCUAUCACUUGAAAUACAUGUGUUUUGACAGCUCGAAGUUUUAGGUAGCAGUUUGAUCACUCGCACUUUGAAAGUGCGGAGUCCAGCUUAGUGGAAAGUGCGCAAUAAGUUCUUCGAUUUGAGUUCGUAAUGUGAUUACUAAUUUCGAUCUCGAAGUUGCCGAACUAAGUAUUUUUAGGGCAGCUAAACUGCCAGAGCCAAAUUAAAUUCUUUCACCGAGUACCGAUUGUACGACACAUAGAAUCGUGAAGAUUUCUGCUUGGAAUACGGUGUCACACCUAGACACCAAAAAAAUUGAAUAUUAUCGUUGACAUAAUUGCAAACUUGACACAAAUUAACAAACCAUAAUUCACGAAAUGACGGAACAUAACAGUGCUUCGUUUAAUUUUACAUGAAACAUAUACAUAUACAUAUACUGACAUAAAAUUACACUUAUUACUAUUCAGAACAAACGCUAUAUGUGAAGUAAAAUUACGUGAUUUACGAAAUUCAACGUCAUGGAAAAUUAAAAUCAAACGUAAAACUAAGUCAUUUUUGAUGCUCGUAUAUGUCAGGGUUAGAAGACGUAAAUUUGCACGAUUUUUUCUAGGUGUGUGCCAAGCGAGUAGGAUUGGUUUAAUCUCAUUUCACUAGUUGCACGAUCUAUUGGGUUACUGUUCAAAAGUGCAUGACCCUUAAGAUGGUUUGCACAAGAAAGUGAUUUUUGUUUCAGAAACACAUAUAGUGGUUUUAUGUUCCAGAGUGCCUCUAGAGCAGCACUCCUAAGUAACAAUUGCACGUACAGCAUGCUACAAGUUUUAUCACCGGCUAUAAAACUACUAUAAAACCUCAGCAGCUGUUGCGAACGUACCAGUUGUCGCCAUCAAGACCAAGGUGAUUAGAGUUCUAAGGUGAUUCAUCUUUAGCAGUAACUAGGUGAGGAGUGAGGUAAGCGUGCAGCAGACUGCGGGGAAGAAAAAUGACAGCGAACAACUUUGUUUACCUACUGAAAUCCAAGCAAACAUAUGGAGAGAACUAGUAAACAAUGUUGGUAUCUGUCGUUUCUAAAACCAACAUGGCUGAUCGGCAUUUUUGAGAAUCGUAUUAUCUGAGAAUAAAAACUCCUUGAUGACCAUCUGAAAAUUAUUCAAUUUUGAUAGGAUUGUAGUCACUUCUUUUUUCUUCUACCAUACGCGCAGAUCCACUGACUUCCACCAGUUGCGCAGAUCCACUGGAUGUACGUGGAUUUGAGUCCCAAAGAUUUGCCGGAAGCCUGUCUGCACUGGUCGAAGCACACAGGCCAAUUGGCCUUUGAGUCAAAAAUUAUCCCAAAGUACUUAACUUGUGCUGCGAGGUGACAACAAUUUCAGAGUCUGCAACGGACGAGCUCCGGUUAUAAUCCUUCGUUACGUGAAAAGCACAAUUGAUGAUUCAUUUUGAUUAACUAAUAGUCCAACAUAGCUCAACAACACACAAGGCUUGCUACAUCAACUCAAAAGUUGUGCUCAGGGAUGUAAUGCACCUCAGAGCAAAUAAAGAGCAGAAUAGAAAACGCUCUUUGCACUUUUCAUGCGAUCCACCGCUCUUCUCUUUCACAACAAACCUCUUCACUCCGAUGUGUGUUGCUCCCAUUCGUGCAUUCUACUCCGUGACUGCACACCUCAAAGAGUAGAAUCAAAGAGGCUCUUUAGUGUGAAUCUUGGUCCCACGCACACGGAAGCAGAGAAAGCAACCAAAAAACAUUUUAAAAACGUUCUUCCGAUCAAACAUUAUCUGAAUUGUAGUUUGAUUCGCCUUCCUACUUGCUCGCCAGUGAGGGGAGGCACAAAAAAGUGGCUCUUCAAGGUGACUCCUUGAACGAAAUUGUGCAGCUCUUGGUGCACAGAUCUUUCUCUUUUUCGUUUUCAAGUUUUUCUUUGUGCGGUCGUUCUGUACAUCGCAGUGUUUUUGCGCUGCUCUAUUUUUCAUCAGUGUAUUUCGCUCUUUGUGUCACAUUGUGUGAGCAAAUAACACGCCUGGUUGUGUUAAUGCAAAUACUGGUGAUAAUUAUACGAUAAUCAUCACCGAAAGCAUAUGUCGGAAACCCAAGCUUAUUAAGUUUCUUCAACAUGCCAUCGGCGACAAAGUUCCAUAAAAGUGGUGACAGCACACCGCCUUAAGGACAUCAGCAGACAUCUUAUUUCCUUAUCUCUAUUACAAUAAGCACAGAUGUCGGUUGUUAAGCAUUGCGUGUAUCCAGCUCGUUAUAUCUAUAUAGGUACAUAAGAUACUUCGCUAGUCUGUGAGCCCUGGUGUACACAAUAGGAUGUCGCUGAUAGGAUAGUGAUUUGUCAUUUUGAUUUCUCAUCUACUAAUUGUGUAAUUGUCGCUUAAAAGCGAUUUGCGAGCACUCACGCUGUUGUACUUUGUACAACACUAUGGGAUUUCUCCUUAUCAUUUUGUUGCCAUGAUAUUUAUCAAUGCCAACCCACUGCGUAUUCCUCUUAUUCUGGGCAAGAUAAAAUCAUUUUUGUACACUGACACCCCUGAAGUACAAUAUUAACGUCUGAGAUUGUUUGUUAAAACCAUGUAAAUAGAAUGCGCGAUAUGGGAAUUUCGACAAACCAACUCAACAUAUCUCAAUAUAUCUCGUGAUCUUGACCAUGUAGAUGGUCAUUCUCUUCGGUAAACUUGUUCAGGAAAUCCAUAGCUAGUCUGCGGAUGAUCAAACUGUUUGAAAUAAAAUUCUGCCGAUAGGUAGCGUCUGUGAGCAUGAUCUUUUCGCAGUUUACUGUAGCGCAACAUCCAGAUAUUUUAGAAAAUCAGCGUAUUUGAUGAAGAUGCUUAAGAAAACCAACCAAACCUACAAAAAGAUACACAAAAUAUUUCAGACCAUGUCAUUAAGCGGCGCUAGUGAGAAUGCCAUUGUUUUACAAGCUGUAUCUCAAUUUCGUGAUUUUUUGUCAGGUCGGUGUUUUCGGCAACCUUGCUCUUGAUAUCAACACCUACGAGGUGGUAUAUCGAAUAGUAUUGGGGGCGCUAGUGAGCAUGUCAUUUUUUCAGUCUACCGCAUCUCAAGUUCCUGAUUCUUUAGAAGGUCGUUGCUCUCAUUUUUUUCUUCGAACUAAAUCCGAAAUUAGUGAAUGUUACUAAGGGAGAGAAGAACUAAGUGAUAUCUCGAAAAUAAACUCACUAUAUUGUCAGAUCACGUCAAUUUGUCUUAUUUCACUAAACUAAAGAAUUGUGUUGACAGUGUUUGUUUGUUUGUUGUUUGUUUUAUUUUACAUAUCUUUAGGAUGUUAUCUGUUCAACAAUUAUUCUACCAUGAAUGUUCCACCUGUCUUCGUCUUGUACCCGCCGGAUUGGAGAAGAAAGCCAACUUGGUAGGGGUUUUCUCCGGUAUUCUUACAACAGCUCAUCGUACUCUUCCAGGUCAAACUACUUUCCAGAUACUUGGUACACCACUACUUUCCGGGUUCGUGGUUCAUUCUUCUCCUCCACACGCUGUUCUCAUAUAAACAGCCGAAGAUCGUUCUCAGCAUCCUCCUAUCGAAUAUGUUUCGUGCCCAUAGAGAAUCGCCGAUCCAGUCAGUGAUUUGUAAAUGGUGCGCUUCGUGCGGGAUCUUAACAUUUUGUGGAACCCAUAGUAAGCACGACUUCCGAAAAUGUCUUCUGUUAUUGUUAUCUGACUGGUGUUACAAAAUUUGCUAUCAUCUCCAUAUUUCUGCCGAUUAUAUCCACGUCGUCGACAAAGCAUACUAACUUCCCGAACUUCGUGAAAAUCGUUCCCCACAUGUUGAACCCCGCAUCGACGAUAACUUGACAACUACCAAUAAAUCUGUUUACUAACGCUGAUAGCCGUUGGGAAAAGUAUAUGUGAUAGCACUCUGUAGGCGGCAUUUGGAACUUGAUCGACCUGUAGUUUUCACAGUUUAAACUGUCGUCUUUCUUGUAUAUCGAAUGAUGAUGACCGCUUCCUUCUACUCUUCCGGUAGCUGUUCUAUAUCCCAGAGCCUCCCGAUUAUUCGAAGCAUGCAAUCUGUCAGUUUCUCCGCCCAACUCAAAGAGUUCCACUCCCAUACCAUCUUUACCAUCAAAUUUGUUGUGGUUGAGUUUUUGAAUAGCCUAAUUGAUAGCGUUCAUAGUACACGGUAAAAAAUCCUCACGUUGAUGGAAAGUGAUUUGCAGUUGAUUUCGUACUACUUGCUCAACAUUUCAAUGCGAUAUGUCAAUCUGUUGAAAUGGAUCAUUUAAAAGCACUACGAAAUCAACAGCAAAUCACUUUCAUUUGAAAUGUGUUGUACAUUGCUUCUAAUAGAUCUUGCAUUUAACUAUAUACGUACUCCUUACGGUAUAUCCCAUUAUGGAUUACCUGAGAACAAAUAAUUACAUAAUUAAUUAACUACAAGUAAAAUAUACAAUACUCACGUUCUACAUUACUUUAGAAAUGCAAAUUUUCCAUUUUUGCUCCUAUUUCCGAGCAUACGUUUGUAGUCGAUUAAAGACUUUAGUGUUUUGACACUUUUGACACUUGUAAUUAAAGAUGGAACCACUCAAAUUCAAUAGAUUAGUACAGUGGUGCGAAUUCAAUGGACAUUCAUUUCAAUUUAAAGAUCAUUUCUAUUAACCCAUUCAUGCCCAUGUGGUUUGUGGACAACAACGUUUUUAAACAGCAAUAACUUUUGAAUGAGGCAAAAUUUUCUCACAAAAACAAGUAAGGCUAAUACAUGUGACUAUUGCCUUUCAUUUGAGUACUAACCGUUACAAGGAUUAGCUCUAGAACUGAAGUUAUUGUGAUUAGUCUGAUUGGAUUCCGAAUUGGAUUGGAAAAUUGAGCAGCUUCUAGCAGUGCAGAGGACAUACCGAUCUUUAUGAAAAAUGGCUUUUUGUGUUUUUUGACCGCACCGUUUUCAAGGAAAAAUAGUUAUGAAGCCCUGCAUGCACUAGAAAAAAGUUGGGCAUGAAAGGAUUAAAUAGCUUUCAAAGACCAGGUCAUUCUGAUACGAGUUAUAAAUCCUUAGAAAAUCAAUGUUAAAUCACUUCAAUUGUUAGUGAUACAUGAUAAACUGAUUCAAGUGCAACAUCAUUUGAAUUAGACGUGACAAUUUUUUACCGUGUAGGCUUUUGUACAUCUCCGUCGGCUACAAUACACUCAAAAAAUAAAUCACGUUAUUUCUACGUGAAAACAUACAUAGUUUUCAUCCACCACACUUUCAUGUUAAUUAUAGUAAUUAUAUCAGAUAACCCAGUAAUAGAAGGUAGGGAUCCAGUAGGUAAAAAUUGCUUGCUUUAAACAUACUUGCUAACAAAUGUUCACGUGAAUUAUAUGAAACAGAAUGUGGCAAUUACGUGAACCGAAACGUAGUAAUAAAAUGAAACCCCGUUUAAAUUGUUUAUUUAUUUUAACUGUUCUAAUUUAAAUGUUACGUUCUAAACAAAAAAAACUCGUUAAAUCUAUUAUCAAUCUAAUUAUAUCAAUCAAGCUGUCUUGAAUAACAUGGAGCUUUUUAUACUAAAAUAUUUAACACUAAUGCUUUGCUGAAUGUUUUUGAACUCCACCAAGUCGCUCUGGUAUAUAAAAAAUCAAUUUCGACUAUCAUGGAAUUAAACAAUAAGCAAAAUUUACGUUUGAAAAUUUAUCGAACUGGUAUUCAGCCAUUUUAAUUUCUGCUUUUUUCACACAGGAAAUCCACUUAAACUGUGUUUCAAGAUUCAUCGCAGCGUCACCUUAAGAUUAUGCGUAAAUCACAUAAGUUGUACAGGGUGUCGUGUGUGGUUCAUAGGAAUCACGUAAUGUGGUUCGAAAAGUGAAAUAUAGUCAUUAGCGUGAAUACUCAAGUAAAAUUAAAGUGUUGUAUUUGUUGAGCGUACUACAUAUAAUCAUUCUCCUCAAUUUCCCGGUUAUUUGCCUGUGCACCGUUUAUAUGUUCAUCGUAGUGCUGACGCCACCUUUCGAUCACCUCAUGUUCGUCCAUCAAGAUAGCACAUUCCCUUGCUCUUCACAUGUUGGCCUACGGCAUAAACUCAUUGCGAGAAUCACUCAGCUUCUUGUACAACGUACGUGCUUCUCUAAAAUGAUGCAGCAGCUUCAUGUCCGACUUUUCCAUGUGGCAUUUCUUAUCCCGGUAAAGAUGUCUACUGUUUUCGUUUCUAUCGAUACGACUCCACGUUCUGACGGGUGGAUUGAGGCAAAAUUAUUGCACAUGCUGAAUACUUUAGACGUCCAAUAUCUCUUACGGAACUCGCCAUCAAACCAAUCGUUCCGUCGAGUCCUCUACCGUAUCGUAAGACACUUUCCGCAGCGUUGCUUGUGGUUGCUUUUGUUCUGCUCCAGCAAUCUUCGAGCGGCGCUUCGACGAGCUCCUAGGCUGUCCGAUCGUCGGUCUCCCUCAGGCGGUCCAGGUUAUACUGUGACGGGUGCCGAUAUCUUACGUUGUUCACUACGGAUUGUUCAGAUCGCAGCUUGUUUAUUACUCGGCCCUGUUCUGCGCAGCGUGUGACGUGAGACGACUAAUCUCACCUCACUUUGUGUGACUUUUCUCACCCUAUUCUGAGAGUCGACUCGGGUGAUGUGAGAUUCCCCAUUGCGGUUGAAUGGGUGUCUUACGUCCCCCGAAGUGACUCUUCAGAAUUGGGUGAGAGGUCACUUAGAGUGAGGUGAGAUUAGUCGUCUCACGUCACACGCCGCGCAGAAUAGGACCGACUACCCCUCAAGCGCACCAACCGAUCACACUCUUUUACAUUUACAUUAAGCUGUUUCCGGCUCGUAUGUGUUGUCGUAGCUCUUUUAAUGUAUGGUGUGAUUCCGCAGGCAACGCAGACCCCUUCUAACACUCCUCCUGCAACGCUACGAUGUCGAACUUACAAUCCCUCACUAUACUGGACAGUAAACAGGUACUUCUACUAAAGUUUGUUGAAUGAAUCCAUCCAAAAUUGUUUUCCGGGUUGCUUGCUAGGCCAGCCCGUUAAGCUGGAGAACCACGAGAAGGCGUUUAUUUAAAUACAACACCGACACGCUUGGCUCUGUGGUUUUAAGGUUUAGAGACGUGUAGGGCACACUAGAAUAUCCCAUCCUGCUGGUUCGGGUCGCGAAUUCCUAUUAGAUUGCCACACAUUAUCCACCCUUGCAGCUCGGCCUCCCUUAUUCAAUAUUCGGGGAUCGCACCAUCUAUGUAUGUAUUUCAUACACAGUUUGCUUGGUACGUUGAAUGAAAUGCGGGUAACAGUUUUUAUAUUUUGAACAUUAACUAAAUUUAAAUAAAAAAAUUGAUGAUCCACUUUCAACUGAAAACUGGUGGGUCUAGAUGAUUGAUCAAAUCAAAUUACUGUUUUCACUGUGCGAAGGUCUACUUCUCGGGAAAACAUCUACUAUCUUCAUAAAUGUAGAGAAUGACGUAUGAAGCGGAGAAUGACUUCUGGAAGCAUCUAUAAAUUUAUCUGUAUUCCUUGUUUUUGACGUGAGUCAUGUUUUUUUUCCUCUUUUCAAGAUUCUUAGGAACGUGUCCAAUGAAAAAUAGAAAGAGAAAGAAUGACUGGAACGGUGACAAUUCACCGUUUAAUGGACACACUGACAAAAAUUGGCUCUCAAGCAGGAAUCGAACCUGCGAUAUCCCUAUCUCUAGUUGGGUGACAACUUAUCGACAACUCCACAAUUUCUGAGAAAUCUUCCAGCUCGUGCAUAUGCCAUAGCGCCUUCAGUGGAAACCAACCAUUUCGGCACGAUUGGUGUGAAACAAUUGAAUCAAUGAUCAUUACUGAUUUUAAAUCGUAAUUCCAUCUUCAGUUCAAGUUUAUCGUAAUGUCCCUUCUUCCAUAAAAAUCUGUGAAUCAAUUAUUCGUGAAUGUUAACAUGAUGUUUGUUUAUUGUUGUAAAUUUAAUGAUUUUUUAAGAAAAUUUUAAGAAAGAAAGAAAAAAUAAAACGACAAAUACAAAUAACAAUAAUUGGAUGUUGCGAGACCUAAACCUAAGUCAGAAACAGUAAAACACAAUUUUCUUAUAAGUGUGAAACGAGUUUACAAGAUGAUAGCGUAUUUUAAUAAUCUCAUUAGGAAAGAUUACCAGCAAACUGGAAUGCAACACAAAAUCUAGUUUUAGUCGAGUAGCUUAGACGAGAUACCAAAUGAAUAACGAGUUGAAAUCGAAAUCUAACAACAAAUUUAACAAAUGUAAAACAAACACAACCUACAAACCAAACACACAGCAUAUAGGAUCAAUAAAUGGAACAAUCUAGAGCAUUGCAUGAUGAAGCGGUAAUGAAAGUUGUUGAAGUAGAAAAAAUGUUUUCUAAUAGUUCACCCGUUGUUAACUUCAUCAGCUGGACGACGCUUCGAGUCAAUCUUUGGAGAAUUGAACAUAAACACAUAACAAUUCUAAAAGUGAAUUAAUAAAUAGGAACUGCGAGGAUAUAUGGCAAAUGAACUCUUCCUAAAAGCUACACAAUAAGAGAAGAGAACAAAACAAAAAUCCUAGAUAAUACGGUGAAAAUAGAGAAUUAGCGGAAGAAUUUUGAGCAAUGAAGUGAAAAUAUUAUAUUAAUAUGUCACACACUUUACUCGAAGCAAAUCGCAAGCGGCGAGUGUUAAAGCGAACAAAUCUAGUCUUAGGUAGAAGUCCAACCUGCAAUACUAAUAGCAUCAUCGGCGAUCAUUUGAACAGAGCGAAUUUUGAGCCAACCGCAGACGAAUUACACCGAAGACGAUCAUUUUGUCAUUACGUGUUUCGAUUUGUGACGGUUUGAAGCUGUCAUUCAUAUUGGUUUGGAUUCAGUAUAGCCUGGCUCAUUAUUUAUUCUCACCCUAACAACAUCGUAGCCACAUGACAUGAUCUUCUUCGAUAGAGCCCCCCAUAGUUCGUCUGUGCCAGCGUUUUUGAACACAAAGUCAGGUAAAAGACAAUUGAGACCAAUUGUGGAACGUUCACAACAAUAGAAUAUCAGAGUAUUCAGUGAAAAUAAAAUGUGGAAAAUCUUGACUGUCGCAUUCGUUGACAUUAUACGGAACUGUUUUAGAUUUAGAUAGGACUUUCGCUAAAUUACGUAGGUAACUAUUUAAUGUUUAAUAACUAAAUGUUGUUUGCAAUGGCUUCUUUCAAACUUGAAAUCGAUUUGAUUAUACUAAGCUAAAUACGCUCUUGACUUAGUUAGGAUUCAUGGUCGUUUAUAGCAAUUGAAUAAAAAAGGAUCAAAAAUAACAUCUAGAAAAUCAAUUGUAAAUUUAGCACUCAAUAGAACAAUGUGGCUGGAUAACGAAUUACAGUCGGAUCGCAAAUUUACCAAAAUUGAUUCUCAAAAUCAAAAAUAUUUUAGAAGAAUAGCUCGGAUCAUAGAUAUUACAAGCUAUAUAAUCUGAGUCUACAAUUGAUAUGCCAUAUUGCAUUUGGUUGGAGGUAAUUGAGAUUUUUAGUAUCUGAGAAAACUGUUUCAAUGCCCUUUGAUCAAUUUUUUAUUACCUAUUACACUCAUUUCACCGGAACAGACAGACAGCAGGAAAACUAUAACAAUUUUAAUCAUAACAUACUAAGCUUCCAGUAUGCUCCGAACGCAGUUUUACAACAGAUGCGACAGUCAAUAAAUUAUUUGAGAUCAAUUAGCAGCAGGUGUCGCAAUUCUCACUCAUUAACGCUAGAAGAAAUUUAUCCGAUGUCCAGCUUUUUCAGAAUAAGACAAGUCGCGAAAUUGUUCGAUUCCACAAAAAAACUGGAGAAUAAUUUUACCGAUAUUAUUGAUGCCAUUUAAAGCUGGACUCCAUAAAAGCGCGAUUUUUCUUAUAAAAGUGCGCUUUUACAUUGAAUCGUUUUCAUGUAUGAGGCGCACUUAUUCCUCGUUGGAUAAUACAUAAGUGCGUAAUAGACACCAAGACAAUUCAAUGUAAAAGCGCAGUUUUAUUUACGUUUCUGCACUUUUAGUCGCACUUAUUAUGUGCGCAAUGCGCUAUAAAAUUUUACAAAUUAUUUCUCCUCUCAUCAGAGAAGUGUCAAAAACUACACUGCAUUACCAAGAAAACGAUAACAAAGUAGAGAAGACUUGAUUGCCAUGUUUUUGAUAAGCGCCAGCAAGGUGGCAAACAUAAGAAGGAUACCGCGAUAAACUCAUUAACUCAUUCUUUUGUAGCUUUAUUUAUCCGGAGAAGUUCUAUGAGAGCUGAAAAUGUAAGUUUGAUUAUCGCAUGAAUUAUCUGGACACAUUUUCUCAAAUCAGUGGCAAAUGAAAUGCCUGAUUAGCAGCAAUGAGUUAGACAGUUCACCUUUUAUGUAACGGAAACCCCUUUUUACAUUGGUGAUAUUACAAUAAGGGUUUACAACAAUGUAUUAAUGCUCGACCGAACACUGAAGUGGAUGUGAGAGUUUCUUGGCGUAUGUUUUGGAUGACUUUAAAGAAAAUUGGCCAUUAUUUGGUCGGUAACAAAAUAAUCAAGAAAUCGAAUGAAAAAUCUCCGGUCGUGUUUGACAAAAAUCAGACAAUAUGAUAGGUUUCACUACGAACAAACCAGCACAACAAGGAUUGUUAUCUAUAACAUACAAAUCCAAAAUUAACCGUUAUGUGUUCGACGCGGUACCCGGGUACCUUUUUAGGUUUCAAUUAAUGAAAUUCUCAGGUUUUAUCCAUAGCUGGAAAUUGAAACUUUGUGACAUCUUAGAACUUCACUAAGUCAAGCUUUUGGGUUAAUAAUAUUGUGGAUAUAGUAAAGGGGGGGAGUGAGGAGGUGCUCAAUAAUUUUAUUACUACGUAACAGGCCGACGUGAGUACCCGGGUAUCCACAAAACUGAAAUACCAAUAACUAAGGUAAUUUACAACCGAUUUUGAUACUUUUAGGUGUUUUGAAUUUGGAAACUCAUCCACUUUUAAACUUGGUAAAAACUUUAGUCAUUUCUCAGGAAUCCGGAUUUCCGAAAAAAUGUUCCAGUGCUGGGAUACUAUUUGUGAAUUUCAAUGGAAUACUGGCAAUAUGGGUAUCAAAGUUCUUGGAAUUGCAUCAGUAGGCUAUAUCUCGUGAUUUUGAAACCAUUUGGUGAUUUGACCCCGGAAAGGACAUUCCGGAGCAGGUUCCCGAGGGGCCGUGAGUGGCCAUUCCAUUCCAAUUCAAUUUUUCAAACUGCCAAAGGGUCUCGUAGCAACAAAUAACAGACUUCCGAGACAAUUUGAAGAGUUUGGCCACUCAUAUUGCUAGGACAUCAUUAAAAUUUACAAAUCAUACCCUAGUACUGGAACAUUACUCCGAAAAAUCCGGAUUACCGAGAACCAGAUCCAUUCAUUCGGUUUAAUUUUACAGAAUCAAAAAGUGGUCGAGUUCGUGAAUCGAAAACAUCUAAAAGUGUCGAAAUCGGUUAAAAGAAGCCAUAAUUAUGAGCAUUUAAAUUUGUGGGUACCCGGGUACCCUCGUCGGCCUGUUAAAGGUGUUUUUUGUUGGACACAUAACGGUUAAAUUACUAUUCACUUUAAUUCCCCAAGGGUCACAUUCGAAUACUUCUAUGUGCAGCAGAGUAUAAGAAUAGUUCGUUUUUACUGUGGCCACUCUUUAGCUACUAUGCAAUAGUUGAAUGCAACUUGCGGGUUGCACACAAAAAACUUGCACGGAACGGAUUUCUUAUUUCCUAGUGUUACGCAAUGUUGCAAGAUAUUUCCUACACGGUAAAUCUAGACUACCUCUUUUAUGACUAUGUUUCACACAUUUUUGAGAAGAGUAUGAUUUACGCAUUUUCGAGAAUGUCAACAACGAAGAAAAAUACGUAAAAAGUAUAUCCCGCAGAGAAAAGAAAAUUUACACUUCGACGUGAGGCCAAAUUCAAAUAAGUGUUUGUGUUGCAAACAACAUUUCCCUUUUACUUCCGCGAUUAUUUGUCGAAGGCAGAGAAAUAUGGACAAAAAAAUCUAAACCUCAUUAUAAAUCAUAUAUUGGUACUAUGGAACGUAUGCUUCCUUCUGGUAAAUUUCUUUAAAAUAUCAAGUUUCCUAUUUUUUUUUAGAUUCGAAAGACAUACGAAUGCAUGAAUCCCAAUUAUGAUCAAGUUUAGUGUUACAAAGUUAGAAAUAACAGCUCCCGACUCUUAGCCUACAUAAUGCGUGAGUCGUUUUCGGCGCAUAGCCUUUAAAUACUGACUGUAUUUAAAUAAAUUAGAUAAAUAAAGGUUUAUGUAUUUUUACGUCUCUAAAAGAAAUUGAAGAACAAACAUUUUAUUUACGCAUUACUGACUUCUUCUAAGAAGUAACAAAUAGGUAUUUUUUACUUCUUCAAGAAAGUAAAAACUAUAGAUUUAGCUUUGCAGACAUGAGUAUAAAUUACCCAUUUUAUACUUUGUUGAAAGAGUCAAAACUAUGCAUUUUUUACUUUGUUGUGUUGAGUAGAAAGUAUGCAGAUUCUGACGUACAUUCUGUUUACACAAGAGAGAGUAAAAACAAUAUAUUCAUUUUAUGGGUAGUCCCACUUUCCCUCCAAAAUGCGUACUUCAUAGUUAUAAUAAAGUUUGUUGUGAUUACCGUGUAAGUUGUGGGAUAUUUCUUCAGAUUGCGGGGGAAUUUUUGAACCGAUUGGCAACAACCACAAAUUUUGACUAAAUUUCAAGUGCAUUUUCAAAUAGAUUUAUCAAACAACGAGAAACUUACUUACUUUCUCUUCUGUUAAUACCUCAAUCGCUUUAACAUUUACCCCUUAAGUCUUUGCCGAGUACACGCUCGUAUUAUCGUAUAAUAUAUCGCAGCGAAUAAAAACCUUAGAGGAGACCGGGGCUAGUUGGCUGUGUUUUCAGUUUUCAUUUUUUAUCGUUUUUGUUUAGGUAGAUACUGGAACGGUACUUGCCGAUAGAUGUCUUCUUUUUCUGUUUUCUGUUCAUUCUAUCGUUCGUCUCGCAUAGCCUCUCUUUUUUCCUCACAUAGUUUGCAUGGACUGGCUGCAUUGACAGUACCUCCUGGUUACAUUUGACGUUCGAUAUUUUGCCAUCUGCAUAUCUCGUCUCAGGGUAAAUCUUGCAAAAUAGAACACGUUGCCCAAUAGGGCAGACUGUUGGCCGGCGUUACACUUUUAGCCCAAGUGGGUAGUAAGAUAAGCAUAGAGUGGGGGUCUACUAUUAGAAAUUUGUCGCCUCUUCACAAGCUUACAAAACAAUCGCUCAACAUCAUAGAUCUUACAUAGAGAAUUUCAAACGUUAAAAGGUGUAUGGAAUCAAAUAUCAUCACAAGAAAACGUUCGUCAAAAUUCACCAUCGUUUUCAAACUUUUUUUGUUUUAUUUCGAUUAUGGAGGUUUUAAUCUUAAGGUCAUUCGCCUCUUCCGGUUAGAAAAAUCUCUUAUGAAAAAGUUCUAACCCUAUGUGCGGGGUCGGGACUCGAACCCAGGUGCGCUGCGUACAAGGCAAUCGAUUUACCAACUACGCUACGCCCACCCCGUUUUCAAACUUUCAGGGAAUAAAAUAAAGCAUACUAUUGAAUUAUUUCCGUACUCGUUUUAUUAAAUUUCAUAGCAAUAUCCAAAUGCACGUACCUGCCUAUUAACACUGCUAAUAGGGUCUUAUACAACGUUUGGACCAGUUUUCUUCUUAUUCAUUUUUUCCUCAUUUCUUCUUUCAAUUUCAUUUCCUUAGGAUGCUUCUGGAGGAUCUGUUUCAUGAUGGUCCAGUAUUUUUCAAUUAAUAGUAAUUUCGGUAUGUUCGAGGGAUUAAAAUCCUUUGGACCGAAAUUAAUCAUCUUAGCCUUGUACCCAGUGCUACGAAAUUUCAAAAUCAGUUACCUAUUUCUGCUUGCAUUUACCGAAACCAACAUUCAGAUUCAACGCCUCCCUCAUUCAUUCACUUUCCAACUGACUGAAAUUUCAUGCAGAAUCGAAUGCUUGAGUGCAGAGGAAAUAUAACUUCAUUCAGCAACCAAUGCAUUCAUUUGUUAUUAUGCGGACAGUUUGAAAGCAGAUGUUGGCAUCUUUUACAUUUUCGAGCAUAAGUGAAUUGCGUAAUCUAUAUCUGGUGCACUUUUGCACAAUAAUCCCUCUCAGAACUAGCAUAGAAACAAAAUUCAGUUUGCUUCUGAAAUCGAACAUGUCCGAACUUGAAUGCGCUGCGUCGGGAGAAUGAAUGACGAGGGAAACGAACCAAACAUUUCAUUCAUCGCAGUGGGCAUGAAUUGAAUUUUCUUUUCUUUCAAGUUCACGCAGGGAUUUUUUAAGCUCUGCUUGUACCACUCCAGAACAUCUUUCGAGUAAGCACGAGGUUAAAUUCAGCCAGAAAAGCGUACAGUUAUCGUUAAAUCUCAGAAGUGCAAGUAGAUGCUUUUAGGGGCAUGUAGACAUACCAACUGACUGUUCUAGUUAUCACGAACGGGGUGCUCCGUUUUCAACAUGAACAAAUUGCCUGCCAAAUUAUGCAUUUUUAGCGAACUUAGGCAUCUUCUGCUUUUCAGUUUCCCCAGGAAUGUCGAACUUAGCUACAAAGAAAAGGAAACUGCCAGAAAUCUUCUUUCACAUAAAUCACGUCAUCCAUGACAAAAUGAUACGGUUUCAUCAACAGUUGAGUGUAGAGCUUCCGCUUCCACGCACUUUUCUUCCCCACAGUUUUCUGUCGUUUAACACGAUUUGACGCCUUUGGAAUAUUGUACGUGUGUAGUCCUGCACGUUCUUUGCAUCUUGCACAAAAAAUUGGUUAAAUGUAGUUUUUGCAUCACAUUUCUCACCGAACUAUAGGGAUUCUUCUUGAAACCUUAGAUGAUCCGCUUGAGAUUCUUCUCAUUGUACAUAGAUCCAUUUUUGACCAUUUUUUCAUAUCGACGGUCAAAUUUUCGUUACGACAUACCGUCGUUUUGUACCAUUCCCGGUUUUACAGUGAGAGAUAUCCGGAGUUCCCAGGUAUGUGGGCAAAAAAUAUGUAUGAGGUUCUUCUGAUUUUAUUUUCGACAUGGAUGCACAAUUAGUGAAACUUAAGUCUUGUGAAGGCAAGCUAAAAUCCUAACAUUCAAUGGCAAGCCGGGCCUUUCAGGCCCGUCUAAAUUCAAGCUCGUUUUUGCCGUUCUCAUAUAGAAAGGUUAUGCAAUUGGUCAAAAUUUCGACUUUUUUACCGAAACCCGCAGGGCCAAAUCUCUUAUACUAUUCGAUUCAGUUCGUCGAGAUCGUAAAAUGUCUGUAUGUGUAUGUAUGUAUGGAUGUAUGUGUGUGGCAAACAAUCUCACCGAUAUUUCUCAAAGGUGGCUGGACCGAUUUGUACAAAUUUAGUCUAAAAUGAAAGGUACAGUCUUCCCAUCGGUCGCUAUUGAUUUUUUUCAUUGAUCCGACUUUCGGUUCUGGAAUUACGUGUUGAAGAGUACAAUCACACAGCAAAUUUCCAUAGAAACUGAUACCACCAUGAUGUCCAAAUGAUACAAUAUAUAUUAAAAUAUGUGCAACAUUACUUGGCUUUGCAUGUCUAGAUCUGAAAAACCCACUGAAGGCACUUCGACCACAUUGGUCAGCUAUGGCGGUUCUUGAUGCCCCGGGGGAACUUACCAAAUUCCUAAGAUAAUGUCAUACCUAUUUCUCAGCAAAUUCUUUACCGAUUUUUAAAAACUUGGUUUCAAAUGAAAUGUACAGCAUUCCCAUUGACUGCUGUUGAAUUUCAAAUUGAUCCGACUUACGGUUCCGGAAUUACAGGAUAAUGAGUACGAAAACGCAUCAAAUCUCGAUUUCAGCGUAUAAGGCGAUAGAUGUAAAAAGGUCAAUUUUUCCAAAAGGUGAGUACUCGGAAGAUCACGUUGACUGUCGAUUGGUUCUGAGCUCCAUUUCGUUUGAACACGAUCAAUAAAUGUUUCUGGGUUGCUAUUAAUUUCUUCUGAUGCAUAACCGGAGUACAUAUUCAGAUUUUUCUUCCAAGUCUGCAUCAGUUUCAUCGUCGGAAGCAAUAUCAUUCACAUCUUUUUCCUCGCUUUGCGAAUCAGUUUUGGAAUCGUCUGCUGUUGAAUUCGCUCGAAUUUUUCCAUUAUUUCAGAUUCUUCAGAGACGAUUGAAAACAUGGGCAUAUCGUCUUAUAGCCAUUUCAAUAUUUUGUUGCUUUUAGAUCCUACAAUUUGAAUAAUUACGACAACUAUAACACAAAGAAUAGACAACAAAAAUAGACAAUAACGAGAGAGUUAGGUUAUGUUGUAUCCAAAUAAUUGUCAAGUAGACCACAAUGGGUGAAAUAAAAGUAUUUACCCAAAAAAAUAUGACAUACGUCAUUAUCGUAUGCUAUUUUUAAAUUUCUUAUAAAAGAAAUGUAUAGAAUUCGCUCAAGCUUUCAAGAUUUUUUUCUUAUAAGAAAAGGUAAAAAGAUAAAAUCAAUCAAAACAUGAAAAAAACUACUGCUAAUAUGAAGAUGAAACUCAUCAAAAAUGUUUUUUUUUUCAGAUAAAUAUUAAUGUAUAAAACUCGUGGUAUUCCUAGUAAAUAUUGCAUAUACACCGUGUCUGCCAGGCCCGGCUUGCCUUUUUGUGCAUGUAAAAAAUUCAAACAUAGCUGCGCAUCACUCCUUUGAUGAAAAUUUCACAAUUCUUUAUUUUUGUUAUAGAUUUCAAAGCUACUUUUCAAAAUUUCCAUGCCCAAGCUUAUACUGCAUACACAUUUUUUGUAACUAAAAAAUUGUAACGUGCCGGGCCUCUGAGACCCGCUUGCCCUUUUGAGGGUUAAACAAUACACAUUGAACUAAGCACUCCGAAAAUUGGACAAAGUUACAAUUUGAAAGUGACGCAAUUUGGUUCCGUACACCCUUUGGUAACUAUCAGCGUGCAUUAUCGUUGCAAGUUUGUUGCUCUUGUAGAAAAAUUACCUUCCAUACUGGAAUAUGAGUAGGGAGGAGAUGCAGAAGGACUUAAAUUUUCUAUAGUUGAUUCAGCUGAUUCGAGGUUUUAUUCGUGCAGGACUAGAAACUGUCUUGUGCCUACUUCGCAUGAGUUCUGCAGACUAAUAAAUGAUCCAACAGUGAUAUGUGUAAAAAAUGUCUCAUCUAACCGCUUGGUGGAUUAAGUUGUUUUUUUAUCAGGGCGGUUUUUUACACGGUUUUAUUUAUUAAAGCGGUUUUUGCGCGGUGCGUAAAAACCGUGAGUCUAUAUUACGGAUAAUCAAAGUUUAAAACAAAACGUUUUGUUUUGCGAUUUAAAGACGCCUAAUUAUAAAAGCGACACCGACUAAAUUUAGAAUAAUUGUACCUUCAGAGGAUUUCGUGGAUGUAUCAAACCGUUUUUUUCUGAAACGAUGUUUUCAUUGAUAAAUCCCCGUAAAAGACGUAUAUCCCUAUACAACCAUUUAUAAUAUUCAUCAUGUCUUUUAAUAUGAUCAUGAAAAUUAAAAAAAUAUUCUAGACCCUUCGAUAGAAAAUUUAAGAACUGUUCUUCAAGAGAAACCAAGGUAGAUAUCUUUUGGUCCAGGCACAAUUUUAAAUCGAAUAAGUAAGUGAUGUCAUACGCAACCGGAGUGAUUACUAAUAUUUCUUGAUUCACCAGAGCUCCUGUGCUGGGAGUGCUCUUGUACUUGGGCCAUACCACUCCAUGACGUUUUCCCUGUAACGGCAGGAAACUGAAACUGAAAAAUAGUUUCAUUUAAUAUGCAUAGGCUUGCCACCCCUCCGGGUUUGACCCGGAGACUCCGGUUUUCGAGGACGAUCUCCGGGCCUCCGGGUUUUACAUCAAUUUCUCCGGAUUUGGUGGAAAGAAGCAUAAUUUCAUUUUUUUUAAAUUGAUUGAUUCUUUACAUAAUAUUUAAGACUACUAUGACAAAUUUGUUCUAAUCCAACUGACUAGGUCAACAUCAAACGAGUUCUUCCGGUGUUGUUGCUACUCCUGCUGCGACCUUUAACUGUUGGCUAGGGAGGUGAGUUUUGCCCCUUUGUUGCGGCCUCUGGUGAUGAAUAAUCGACACCACAUAGUGCUUCCCAUGUGAUGCCGCAGCCCUUGCUCCUUUUCCUGUUAGUUAUGGAGGAGAGCAAACUGCCGCUCAACGCAUAAUUGUCCCAUGUGCGUAGGAAAUUCCAUAGCACAUGGGACAGUUAUGCGUAUAGCGGUAGUGAACUACUACACCAGAUUAAACCGACAAAACCGUUCUCAAACGUGAACAUUUACAGCUUUACUUUAACGUAGUAAUAAAAAGCGAUUAAAGUGCUCUAAAAUAUCGAGCAAUCGCUUUGAUUUCAAUUUCUGCCUAGUUCCACUCAAAAUCCACCACUCAGGGUCAGUGAAAAUCUCCGGGUCAAAGUGUCUCCAGAGGUGGCAACCCUAAAUAUGCAAUGCAAAUCAUACAAAAACGUUAACAUAGAAUCCUAGUGUCUUUACUGUAAUAUCACCAAUCAAUAUUAUUUCAAAAGCACAACAAGAUGGACCAUGCAAAAAAAAAUAUAUCCAAGUCAUCGCACAACGUAAUCCACGUAUAGUUUCAAUAGUCAAGAAGCGAAAAGAGUCCAUGGCCAAGGAUCCUUGAUCCGAUCAUGAAACGCCAUUUACAUUCAGUAAAUUAUCGACAGCAGUGAAUUCGUAGCUUCCGAUAGCGGGCUGGAUAGAUUUCAGAACAAAGUAGCUGUAUACUAAUUUUCACCCAAGAAAGCAAAAGUAAAAUCAAGAGUUCGAAAGACAGUAAGUAGAUCAAUGAAACCUCAUCGCAAUAAGAAUGAAGGCUAGUAUGCGUGUUUGGACUUUACAUAACUUACACAGUAACACUAUACAAAACAAAGAUUUCACUCUAUCCUAGAAUGUUAGGAAUUUCUUGUUAAACGUCGUCUGAUCACUCUUGAAGUAAAAUCAGUUUCGUAUCGAGAUUGAAUUGUGACAACCCCAAACGUAGACUCUGCUCGGAGUUUUAGGCCUCUACCUUGUCCCUAUUCGAUAACGACGUAGAUAGAAAGUUAUUCAAAAGUAAUAAAUUCAGCCGAAACACUCGAGCGAGGUACUUACACACAGUUUGUCAAAAUCCAUUUAAAGUUUUGGACUAACGAAACAGACUACAGGAUGGUGAAAUAAUUAAACCACAAAUGUUAGUAUCUUUAACCGAAAGGCAGUGAGACAUGUCCUAGAAACGAAUUACUGUUUAUAUCCAUAUAGCGAUAGAUAAGUAGCCACUAACAGAAAUUUGCAAGCAGAAGAAGGAAUAUCAAAUUAGAACCAAAUUAUUGGUAGCAAACGGAAGUAGAGUAAAUUUAAAUAUUUUUAAAAGAAGUAUUAACACAUAUUUUAAUAAAUCUUGUAUGUGGGCAUAACACCUAGUAACGUACUUCGAGAGAACAAACAACGUGUACAUUAUUAUUUUAACAUUUGUUAUGGUUUUGUAUAUAACUUAUACACAAGUUGUAGACUACCGACGCAUAGAAGCAAAUGUAAAUAUAUAACAGAUUACCAUCUUCCGAAAUGGUGACUAGGGGAAAGUGUGUAUUUGAAUACAUAUAGAACUAAUAAAACCAAAACGUUAUGUGACAAAACCAUCGAAGGACGUUUACUAAAUUCACAACCUACGACGGGUUUACUUGCCCAGGUCGGUCCAUUUUUAGUCAAUAAUGUUACAGAAGAACAUGCAAACUGUUCCGGAAAUAUUGCUGUUGAAGACAAGUUGUAAUAUUUUUUUACCAUGUUGGAAUAUUUUUUCCUGAAGAUAGCUGCCCAUGAAAUCCACAGCCGUCUUGAUUCUUGUUACGUUUGAUUUCCCUUAAAGUAUGAUAGGAAAUGAAUAAAUACUCACUUCUCAGUGUUUAAUAAAA